AUGUAUACUCUUACAAUAUUGGGGAAUGGACUGAUUAUAACCCUCACUUUGGUUGAUUUAGCUCUUCAUACACCCAUGUAUUUCUUUUUGAGAAUCUUGUCUUUUCUGGAGAUUCUGUACACCUCAGUGACCCUCCCCAAGAUACUAGCAAAUAUUAUAUCUGAAUCGAAAGGUAUCUCCUUUGCUGGUUGUGCUGCACAGAUGUAUUUUCUUCUUUCACUUGGGACAGUUGAGUGCUACCUGUUGGCUGUCAUGGCAUAUGACCGCUGUAUGGCUAUAUGCUCCCCACUACAUUAUCCCCUGGUUAUGAACCAAAACAUUUGUGCUCAGAUGGCCAUUGCCUCUUGGAUCUGUGGAAUUGUAAUGCCCCUUGGCAAUGUAGUUUGGAUCUUCUCCUUGCCCUAUUGUGGCCCCAACAAGAUUAAUCACUUCUUCUGUGAUGUGCCACCACUGCUGAGGUUGGCUUGCACUGAUACCACAAGGAAUGAGAUAUCCAUCCUUGCCCUAAGUGUGCUAAUCACAUUGUCCCCUUUUCUGUUGGUGUUGGUUUCCUAUAUUUGUAUUCUUUUCACUAUAGUGAACAUGCCAUCAGUAGAGGGUCGGCAUAAAGCCUUUUCCACUUGUUCAUCCCAUCUCAUUGUGGUCACCUUGUUUUAUGGCUCUGCCAGUGCAAUGUACUUACAUCCAAAAUCCAGCCACAUGGAAGAUAUAGAUAAGAUAGUUGCCUUGUUUUAUUCCAUUAUCACCCCAAUGUUGAACCCUAUGAUCUACAGCCUGAGAAACAAGGAAGUGAAGGAUGCCCUGAGAAAAAUCUACAUAUCAUGUUUUAUGUUAAUUAUACUAAAAUAA